AUAUGAAGAUUAUCGCAUGGACAAUCUUCUCGUACGAAUGCAAUCAUCUGUACUUUAGACGGAGGACUUCUCUCCUUUGUAAGUAGCUGUGCGCAUUCUAAACAAGUUUUCUACUAGCCUUCGAAGUGACCUAACUAUUACGAUCGCGUUAGCGAUAUCGUUAUCGAUGCCAUACUAUUACUAUCUGCUGCUUGUUCUCUCUUGGCUAUUCUAGAUAAAUUAAUAAAGCAGCGAAAUUUAUAUUUCACUGAGAAUUUAUAUUUCGUAGCAGCACUAGUCUUAAAUUAUAGUGGUGAAAUUACAAAUGACAAAUUAAUCUUUUGUUCUUCAAGUUAUUAUUUUAUCAUUAAUUGAUUAAAGCAGAUCUAUGUCAUUCUCUCUGUGUUUAGAAAGAUAUUUUUUAUAAUUCUUAUUAUACUAUUACCAACUUUUUUUCUCUAAUUAGUUUUUAAACUAAUUUUUUAAUUAAAUACUUAUAUAUAUUUCUAAGUUUAAUGUUUCAUUAUUACAUCUAUUACAUAAGUAAUGGCAUUAUAUUUAUUUACACUUAAAUAAAUAUGAAUAAUAUUAAAUUUGUACUGCAAAUAUAAAUGUACAAUUAUAUUAUAUAUUGAUAUUUAUGUUAUCCACGUAUUGAAAAAACUCUGAAAACAAAAGAUUAAAUAAAUCGAGUCCACACUCGAACAUAAUACUUUCUCGCGCGUAUCUGAAAAUAUUCUAGCAGUUUUCGACGAAGUUCGAGUUAAUAGUGAAAUCCUUACCUUAUAGUAAAACCUAGACACGUGUCAUUCGCUCAGAAAAGAGCAGCUACGAUUUUUCUACGAUACAGAACGCUAGUACCUUAAUGUAAUGCAUAACUUGAGUCUGUUUUACUAUUGAUUACGUCUGAUUAUGACAAACACAUACAUAUACACGAAACACACACACACAUACACACACACACAGACAGACGGACGGACAAACAGAUAAACAGUCAAACAAAUACAUACGUGUACGCAGAUACAUUGUUAUCAAACUUGACAAUCGAAACUAUUAAUUCAAACCUACGCUAUGGAUUUUUAGAAAAUAAUAUCUAUUUAUUAUAGUUCUACUAUAUAUACUAUGGGCCGUAUGUAAAAUAUUUCUAAAGAUGAUUACAUCGCUAAUUAUUGCGUAAUUGUACAUUCAGUACAUUAUAAAUUAUGAGGUCAAUCAAUCACAGAUAGAAACAUUUUCCCCCUUCUCUAAAAGAAAAUUAUGGAUGAAUAUAAUAGACUUCCUUCCUCUCCAGAUGAGAUGGAUAUAUAAUUAUAUGGAUAACAUUGGCGCUAUUGGUCAUCUCGUUGAGAACAUUAAUUAAGAGUUAAACAAGCAAUGGCCUGUUCCCUUACAUAUCUGUGUUGUACUUGUUCUAACGUCUAACUGUAAGUGUCAGGGACAAUCUCACGGAAGUGCGCGCGUAUCUUCACAUGGAUCAAACAACAACGGCAUUCUCUAGCCUGCGUAGCAGGAAGCGUGAUCGCAUCAGCGUUUCGGCAAUGUACGUAAAUUCCCGUUUGAGUUUCUUCAAUUACUUGAGUAAAGCUCGCUGUAUUAUUGAUGCCAAAAAUUUAGCAAAAGGCAAUGCGAUCAAUCUAUUACCUCGUGACGAAACGCUGUGCGAGAAGAACGAAGAAACUAGCCAUUUGUCGAUUAUAAUUCUUUUUUUGUUUAUGUUUUUUAUUUUGGUCAUUCACUACCGUGAACAUAAUGAUUUUCAUCACUUGUCUGAUAAUACUUUGCCACAUUUGAUGAAAAAGGAUGUUUCGCGGGAAUUUAAGCGAUAAUGACGAUCUCGAUCUCCGUUUCUCAACAGGGAAUGCUCAAGUACGGCCUAAAACCACAUUCGAACAAGUUGCGAAAGGAAUGCUUGAUCCUCGUAGAUGCGCGAUUAAUAGUGUUAUAUACGUACACCUGUAAGUACUAGCCGUUAAACUGAUGAUUUGUAAAAUGUGUAAUUAAAAUGAAGCGCGAGCGGCUUCAAGGGGAGAGGAGAAAGGCGAAAAACGGAAUACGUGAAAGAUUUUAAACGAGUUACAAUAAUCAUUCGGGACCCAAAUAAUUUCGGCCGCAGAACAAUUAGAGGACUGGUAGUUAAAUGUGUUUAGCGAGUAAUUAGCCUGCAAAAAUUAAAUUAAAUUAAAUUUGACUAGAAUGAUUCAUCGUUAAAAAAUAUAUCUUCUUGGAUUAGCAGAAACAGCUCUCGGUCUCCAUUUAACCGACUUCUUCUGUGACACCGUUUCGCUCGAGAUAACUAGAGAUUCUAUAUACUCUAAAACAAUCGAACUGUUUUUCCAAUACUCUCCGCCUUUCGUCUUUCUAAUAUAUUAUGCUCUGUCAUUAGUGACUGUAGAUACUUAUAUAAAAUUAGAACUUAUAAAAUUAGACAUGUUAAGAAAUUCUGCCAUUUUCUCAUCAGCCAUAGGGAUGGCAGUUAGAAAAACGUUUCGCUGGUGUAAGCUGAUUUCCUUCGAUCGUGACACGUGUUGUGAGCCGUCAAAGUUUAGAAAUUUAUAUACAGAAAUUUAUUUAUAUAAAUCUUCACUCUUUUUCGUAGUGAAUACAUGACGUAGAGUGAAUACAUAAUGCACUAAUAAAAGUUAUUGAUAUCCGCUAUUUACUCUUAAAUGAAAAUUAUAUAUAUCUAUACUAAACUUUAUUGUAUUUAUUAUCAAUAAUUAUUUUAAAUAAGAGUACAUAUUAAUAUUUAAAAAAUCCAUAUUUACAUAUUGUAUAUAUUUAACAGCCUCAUUUUUUAAAUCUUAUCAAGUUUAAAUUAUACUUAUCUCUUGACUGAUAUAGUUACAUAAUUUUGUUAAUUAAAACUCUGGCAUCUGAAUGUAAUGGCUGACAACGUGUCGAGAAAUACUGAAGAAUAUCAGCGAAAAACAGAAAUACACUAUGGCCUUUGUAAAGUUCUUGUAUAAAAAGGGCAAGUGUGUCGACAAUUCUUCUUGCUUUGUUUUAUUAGAAUUAUUAGAGAUUAAAAUUCGUAUAAUUUUUAUAAGCGAUUGCGUGAUCGCUCCGCGCUCGUGUAUACAUUCACGAAAGUGAUUGUUCACAAAAAAAGCGCAACAACGGGAAAGACACCCUUAACGUAGUUAAAAAGAUGUAGAUACGAUAUGUUGUCACACAUAUAUCAAACUUAAUGUGAUGUUCCCUGCAUGUUGAAUGUUGAUCGUCACGUAUGUGGAGUCACGUAUUAGAGUCACAGAGUGUGAUAGAAUUGCAAGUUAAUCAAGAGUAUGGAUAAUUAGCGGUUAAGCGAACUGUGCGAUAUAUGACUUUCUUUCUAAUGGUUUUGUGGUGAUUACGAAGAUUAGUGAUUACGAAGCAGACUUAAUUAUUAAUUAAAUAUUGAUUGGUCGAUAUUGCGCAAAAGUCGUUUCAGAGUCGAAGAAAAUUUAUUCUUGGUACAACACAUAAGAUACCUGGGAUGAUUAAGGACUACUUAAUUUAUUUUAUUUUUUAGAGACUCUAUUUAUGGAUAUUUUAAAAUACAAUAUGUAAUAUUCUUAUAAAAAAAUUUAAAGUGUAGUUCAAUAUCCUUAUAGAGUUUAAGUCCAUUUAUAUAGACAAAUUUGUGUUUACUAAAGUUUUAGCUUUAUAAAAAAGAGCUUUAAGAAAAACAUGAACAAAAGAUUUCCCUUAAAUGAACACGAUAUUUUAAUUAAAUGCUUAAAAAUUUUAUUUGUUAGACAAAAUUUUUUUGUAGUAAUUACAAAAUAUUUGCACAUAAUGCUCUUUAUAUAAUAAUAAUUUUGAUUUAUAAAAAUUAAAAAAUAUUCUAAUGUAAAAUAAAAGAAUAAAUAAUACGAGUAUUAUUUUAGAAGUUUCUCAUAAUCAAUGAAUCAAAAUUUAUUUUAAUAAUUAAUGAAUUUAUUUAAAUUUUAAUUAAAGAAUUGAUCAACAAAUAUUAAAUUAAAUCUUUUUCUUUAUUUAUAAAAAGCAACAAAAAAUAACAAAAAUCUAAUAUGAUUUCCACAGUUUUUUCUAGACAAAUAAAAAAUGAAAUAUUUUAUUUAAAGAUAUUUUAUAGACACUAGUGACUCUUAUGCAUAAAAAUCUCAUUUUGUUCUGGAAUACUUAUGUUUUGUAUUUAAUCUAUCCAUUAUGUAAUGAUGAUAAAACGCCAAUCAUUAAUUAUAUUUGAUAUUAUAUCUAAUGAUUUCUAAUCGUGAGUUGAUGACAAAUAGAAUAAGAUUAAGACAAGAAUAAUAAAGAAAAGGAAGAAAUGUAAUUAAAUAAUAACGUAGUAAUUAUAAUAGACAUUAUUAUUAACUUCUUCGGUGGAGAAAUGUUGUAUUUUUCCAUAUGUCAGAAGAGCGAGGAAGAAAGAACGAGAGAGAGAGAGAGAGAGAGUUCUAUUAUAGUACAACAUUGUAUGUAAUAUUUUUCUUGAGAAAGUAUAGGAAGGACCAUCACAUAUGUAUAUCUUGCAAGAAUGCAAAUAGUUUCGAUUAGCCAGCGAUUAAAUUAGAAUAAUAGAUAGAUCGUUGAUAACAUUAGCGCGUUAUGCUUCAUAUUACAAAAUUAAUUUCUCGAAAAUUAAAAUUGACUGCUGUGUUCGGUCCUGUUAAGAACGCGCAAAAAAGGUAAUAUGAAGAGAUACAUAAAGAUAAAGAGUGUCAGAAUGACAAAGACACAGUUGCUUUAUUACGAAUACUUGUGACAGAAAGAAACUAAAAGAAGUUCCAGUUUCUAUUUGUCCCUCGUUAAAAUUUCGGCAAUUGUUUAUAAGUUGCAAUUGUUUUACAUUUAAAUUUGUCUCCUUAUAAAUUUUGACUGUGUCAUUGUCUCCUGUUUAAUUGAUAUUAAAUUUUAAUAAGUUAUUCUUUGUUUUCAUAUGUUGGCCAUUAUGAGUGCUUGUUUAGUGUAUAGUACUAAUAAGUUGCAUAUAUAUAUAUACAGAUAUAUAUAUAGGAUUGAAGAAUUUGCUGGAAAUGAGAAAUUCGAAUAUUUUCAUAUAAUACAAGAUACGCGGAAAUAUUCCGCAGCUUUCUUCGCAAAACUGCAAUUGGAUCUGUUCGCUUUAAUUGUUACAUUUUAUGCAUUUGUCUCUUUCUUUCCUUCUCACUAAAAAUCUGUAUAUACGCUUACUUCAUUUGAGAUAAAAAAAGGUACAGAUGAAACGAUCAGGUCUAAUACAAUGUAAUACGAUGAUAAACUUGUAGUAUGUAUGCGCGUGUGUACAAGUGUGCAUUUAUGUAAUCUUUUCAUGAAUUCUUCACUUAUUUUCUUUUUCUCGAGAAAUUUGUGGAUUUGUGCAAAUUCUUUUCAUUUCAUAUUGAUCUGUUUUUUUACCACACACGUGUAGUAUGUAUGCGGACACAGACACACACACACACAAACACACACACACACACACACACACACACACACACACACACACACAUAUGCGAAGGAAAGCUACAUAUAUAAAACAAACGUUAGAUAAUUAAAAACGUAAAAAAAAAAACAAGAUUGAAUUACUGCUCGUUCCUGUAAUUAUCAAAGACAUGUUUUGUUCUCAUGUAAAGCACAUACACCGAAAUAAUAAAUAAUAAAUAUUUUUUGUCGACGUAAUUACUUAAUUUCAUUUCCUCGUCCGCAAUGUAUGUAAGAGAAAAUAAGAAAAACCACAAAUAACUUAGAUAACUCAUCUAAAUUAAAUUAAAUGAUAAAUACAUUUGAUGCCAACUUUUUUAUUUAAGAUUUACAUAGAUUACAAUAAUCUCACUAUUAAAAGCAUUUACUUUCAGUAACAACAAAAUUUUUAAUAAUACUUCUACAAAUUUGAUAAUAUUUUUAAUUCUUUGGAAUGAAUACAAUCAUCCGAAAAUUGAAAUGUAUAAUACUUUUUUCUAAAAUUUUAAAGUAAAAUGAGCAAUUAUUGAAUAAAAUAUUUUGUAAUAGAAUUUAUUAUUAUCAACGACAAAUAAUUAAUAUUUGUAGUGCCUAAUGUAUUUGUAAUUACAACAAAAUGGCACAAUGUACAAAGUAAUAAAAUGCAUAAUCUACAAACAGAAGACCAUUAAAAUCAUAGACAAUAAAUUACUUUAAAUUUUAUGAAAUCGUUAUAAUUUAAUAAAAUAUUUCAGUUUGCAGAAUUUUUUAUAGUCACUUAAUCAAUUUCUUUACUGUCUUUGAAUAAAUUAAGAAUUUAAAAAAUUACGAAUUUUAUUCAUUAACUCAAAAGUUGCAAAAUUGCAAAAACAACAUGUGUGUUUCCAUUGAUUUAUGUCUGUAGGAUAUUAUAUUUGUAUAUAUACUUGUAUAUGUACGUAUUGCCGCUUUCUAUUAUGUUUGGAAGGAAAACACAUUUCUGCCAGUAACGUUACUUUACAGUCACUCCACAAUUCCACACAUUUUGCGGAAGGAAUAACAUUUCUCUCCGACGAUUUGGAGCAAUAAUUAGGAAUACACAAUUUCUCACGGCUGCAAUCAUCUCACAGCGCAUUUUUACAUGUUUUAUCAGUUCUUAUAAGCUAAGCACUAUGCAGAACGACAAUAUCGAAGGCUAUCUGGCUGCCGUAAAUUUGGAAGACAAGACAUACGAGUUGGAAGUACCUGAUCUCAGUGAACUCUGUUCCGUUAUGAAAGAAUCAUUACAAGGACACUUCAAUGAUCUCAUGGUCAAUGUAGUUGAAUGUCCUAACUUAAGACGUCAUCCUUACAAUUUUGCCGCAUCAGGAUUAUGUGGUGGUCAGGAAGUAAUUGAAUUUGGUAAUUAUAGACAUUUGUAUAAUUUAACAAAAAAUAUGGGAUCACCGAAAUCAUGGAAUUUGCAAAAUCUUAUACAAAAAUACUAUGAAGGAAGGAAGACAGAUUCCUUUAUCAUCGGAGAAAGCAUGCUUUGUGGACCUCCCAAUAAAGAAUGCAUUGUGAAUGCGACGUAUACGCAACAUACUUGGGGAUACACAUUCAACGACAAAAGCUAUUGUACUUUUUUAAACGAAGAAGAGCAAAUUGUAUCAGAACUUGUGGCUAAUUCUCGUUCCCGACCUAAGACUUACGAUCUCUAUGGCAGCGUUUUCGUCUGUAGUGGCGAACGGAAACCAGUUCUCGAAAUAGUCGCCAAAGGAAGCUUUAAUUCUAAUAUGAAUAAUAUGAAUAUCUUAAAUCUGAUGGAAGAUGCUCUUCAUACUAGAUAUUUUAGUGCUAAAGUCGGCUUAAGUGGUGUGCUUCUUAUAAAUAGUGGAAUGAUAGAAGCAGCUGUUAUGCUCCGCACUUUUACACAAACUCCGUUGACCGAAUUCAGCACAAUUAAUGAAUUAAAAACUACAAUGAACUAUAAAUACAAUGUUUCAGCACCGGUGACAAUUUAUAACACAAUGUUCAACUUUGACAGAAUCUUAUUGACUGAAGAGGACGAAGAAGAAGAAGAAGAGAAUAAAGAGUGGCUGUGGGUUAAUCCAAUGACUAAUCAGAUUUUACCUAUAUAUUCACUGAUGGGUGGUCGCUAUGUAAGAAAUAUCACACCUUAUAUAGAGUAUAAAGGCUAUUUCACUGUAGUGAAAAAACUCCAUCGAGUUGAUGCUGAAGUGAUAUUCGACUGAAAUCCGACCUCAGAUUAUGAAUUUCUGCAUGUUUUCAUAUUUAGAGCAAUAUGGACGAUUAUUAUGAACAUCUUUUUCAAGAUUUUUAUCAUAUAUGAAUUUACUUUCAAUGAGAAUAAGUUCUCAUUUAUUCGUAUUAUUAUCUUUACAUAUAAUUGUGUAAUAGAUCCAAUUGUACUAUUAGGUACAAUUAUUUUUACCACUUUUACUUAAUAAAUUAUUGCAAUUGAAAAUUAAA